UCAAACAUGGUGACAGGAGAGACAAAAAGUUUCUUCAGUUUUGCUAAAUCUUGGUGGCAGGUUGAGAAGGUGAAUCCUAUCAAACUCUAUGAGGAGAAUAAAGUCAUGGCUGGUUUCUCGCUCCUGAACCUCCUCUUCAAGCAGGGAGGGUGUAACCAAGUCAAGACAGCAGUGCAAAAACUUCUUUCACUUUACGACCAAAAGAAGAUCAAGCCUGUUGUUGAUUCCCUAUGGGCGCUUGAGGAGGUAAGAGACAGCGCUUUCAUAAGCAGUCGAAUUUUCUUUUAAA